GGCGCAGAAUCGAAAUGAGCAGUUGAUAUUGGUUUAAAAGGGAACCAAGAAACGCACGGGGGGCUCAGCCCAAAAAACGCCGAACGUCGGUGAACUACGAACCCCAAAUCCCCACAAGCGCAAAACGCCAAAGUAAAGCGCAAGAAGCAUAGCGUCCCGCGAAAUGUCCGUUAAUUGGAAAUCUGAUAUUGGGGCGAGCCGUGUCACUGCCAGCUGGCAAAUUGGGACGGUGUGCGGCAGGACUCGAUUUCGCCAUGAAGGUGUGAACUGCUUGCCUGGCUAUUAAACCAUAGCAGCUGGUGGCUGGAUAAUUUUGUAGGGCAAAGCGACUGUCCAGGCGUCCGACGCGUACUUUUGCUCGACUUUCGGCGGGAAAGCUCGGUUUCGACGGGAAAGCUCGUGUUAGACGUUGCCCAUAACUGAAAUACAAGCAAGGUCAUUAGAAUCGCCAAAGACAAGCGGGUUACUUGUUACUAGUGGCACGAGUAGUGCCACACGUGCGGCUGCAUGUCCGCGAGCGCCCGGUUGAGAGCAGGAGACAGCGCAAAUCUCGCUAUCUCUUCUUCUAGUUACGACACCCAAGGCAGAGGAGCGUCGUUUUUCAGGCCUCGACACCUGGGGGACACAUGCGACCUUAUUCGCUUUGCUGCGCCACUGCGCGGCGUGAUCGCGCUUCCGGGCCAUGAUGCGGAGGCAAUACACCUGGCCCCGUUGUUACAGCUACCGAGCGAGCUGUGGCGACAACGGCUGCUGUGGCCGUGCUGUCGCUGCAUGGGCUGCGGGACUGGCCUGUUGCACCGCCGGCCCAGCCUGCCGCUGUAGUCGUGCAAUCAUGGAAGCCGCACACAGCGAUAGCAGGGGACACGCCGACGUGGUCGUGAUGCUGCUGGACGCAAGCGCACGAGUGGACGGCGGUGCUGGAGGCGGCGGCGGCGGCGGCGGCUGCUCAUGCAGCUGCACAGCAGCAGGCUACCGGAUUCAGCACUGGCUGACCAUGCCGGCGCUGCAGCGCACCGAUGCCAUGGCCGCCGCCGCCGCCGCCGCCGCUACCUCAAGCAGCAGCAGUACGUCCAGCUUUGGUUGGAGCGCUACCCGGCCGGCCGCAGCAGCGUUUGCUACAGCCGCGCUGCAGCAUGCGGCCACGCCCACAAGCAAUGCUCCACUGCAACACACCAGCGCGGUUCCAGCCUUCGCACCGCUGCUGCCGCUCGCGCCCACACCGCCGCCACCUCCUCGCCUGCUGCCGGCGCUGCCAGCCAUACCUCCGAGGCCCCCCGCUGCGCCGCCGUCUCCGCUGCUGGCUGCGUGCCGUGCCGGUCACACGGAGACGGUGGAGCUCCUGCUUCGCCGCGGCGCCAAGGUCGAGGGCGCCGGCGCCGCGUCGGUGCUCCUUGCGGCAACUUCGGCUGUGCCGGCAUCGGCUGCGGCCCCGAAAUCGGUUGCAGCACGCUCUACUCUGGCGUCGCGCUUCCCGCCGGUUCCCUUUCCGCUGACUGUGGCGGAGGCUGCAACUUCGGCGGCUGCCCGGCAUGCGGCUGCAGGCGGCAUGUUUGCAGAAGUGGGCGCAGCCGCAGCUGCAGCCGGUGGCGGCGGCGGCGCUGUGGCACCCAGGAGCAUGUUCGAGAGCGAUGGCGACGAUGAUGAUUGGAAUGCUGACAGCGACGACUGGGGUGCCGGCAGUAGUGACGGCGCCCCGGCAACGCCAGAUCAGCACACCCGGGGGCCCAUCAGUGACCCUGGGUUCCGUCCAGACGGCAGGUCCCAGGCGGGCGUCAACUGCCCGCCCAAAGCGGGGCCCCUGCAGGCUCUUCUGGCCGCUCGCCCCCUGGAGCUCUCACGCCACCUUGGCCCCGCACUGGUGGCGGCGGCUGCUUCCAACCGGGGGGCUGCAGUGGAGGCGCUGAUUGCGGCGGGCGCAGACGUGGGCGGUGCGGACGGCGCGGCGGCUCUGAAGGAGGCAGCCUACCAGGGUCAUCUGGGUGUGCUGCAGCAGCUACUGGCGGCGGGCGGUGCACGCCUUGUGGCCAGUGGCGGCGUGCGGGCGGCUCUGCAGCUGGCGAUGCAGUGGGGCCGCGCCGCCGCCGCCGAGGCGCUCAGCCGUCAGCUACAGGUACACACAGGGCCUUGAUCAAGGGCAUGAGCGGGAGCAGCGACUUAAUGACGGCAGUGCGAUCCGCUCCCCAAGGGUAUGGCGCACGUGCGUGUUUUUGAUCGGCACAAUCAAAAUAGUCGGCUUACUUAUGAAACCCGCAUCAUGCAUUGGGUGGCGCCGUGGGGAACAAACGAACCUGAUUUCCCUGACUUGCCGAACGGUUACCACUCAUCGCCUGUGUCGUGCCGCCCAUGCAUAACGAACAAGAAGACGAACAUGACAGAUACCGCCAAGCAAUUCAUUGCGCGGUUUGUUAAGAAGCAAGCGGAACUUCAUUCAUAUCAAUGGUGCCAACUGCUGCAACACCGCAAGAAACUAACUUGUGUGGCUCGAAACGUUGUAUUGGUGGGAUUGGAUGGAGCUGUUGGCACAUGGUGCAAUCCGCUACGUGGGUGUCUGCAAGGCAAGCUGUUGGGGUUUGGUUGGUGAUGAGUCAGUUGGUACUGGUGUGGGGCUGUGGGCGAAAGCUUGUAGAUCGAUCUUGGUGCGGACCUGUUGAAAUCUGUUUGCUUCGGCAGCAGGGGCCCUUUUGUUACCCUUGCUUGGCUGGGGUGCAUUGAUGCAUAGACCUGAGCUCCGGGCAUGGCUGCCGGGCUGCAGCAAGCCAUUGCGGCACCGAAAGGCCGAGGGGAAGCUCUGGGUCCAGCCUUGCGGGCUCCGAGGCGACGCAGCCCUACCUGCCCAAAGGCUUGUUGGCGUAUUCAUGUUCUCUUAUCAGUGUACUGUGGGCGCGGUACGUAUUGAGCCCGAGUUGCUGGGUUUGCCGUUUGCGGAUCUUGGAGGGGGGCAACCUGUGGAUGGGUUGUAUGGAUAACUUCAUGGCAGGUUGAGGGAGCGCAUUGCCUCCCUUGUAUCCCUUUGCCGAAAUAAGGCGCCAAUCCGCCUGUCCUUUUAUUGCUGCAAUGGUGCUUUUGCAGUGGUUGUAUACUAAUCCCGCUGCACAACAUGUGCGCACGCCAGCGUUCACUGGCCAUGCGUGUGUCGCCGCGGGCCGAGGGGGUGUUUGAAAGGUCCAAGCAGUCGUAACGGCAUCUUAUUAAUGCCGUACAUGCUUCUAUGGCGGGUUGCCGUAUCUUGGCGGAAAGCGUUGAGCCAUUGAGUGGCGCCUGCUGCUACUGUGCGGGAGUCUUCAAAGUGGGGUAGAUAACAUCUUGUUACCGUACCGUGGCAUGGGUCCCGAUAAGAACUCUGACGUGACAGUCACGCAGCCCUAGUAAAUGGCACCUGUCACAACCGAUACUUUUGACGCUCGUGGUGCAGAGCCCAGCGCCGGGCGGUACGGUUGCGGCUAAGAUGGCGAUGGAUGCCAAAGGUAGAUAGAUGCGCGGCAAUGGUGCCGUCACCUCUGUGGCAUUGGCAGCGGCAUUGUACAUGCGGUCCUUCAAUGGCGCACACGCGGCCCAGACUCCAGGCCGCAGCCAGUUCAACUGACGUGGGUGGGUGGUUACGAGUGGCUGGUUAUGUCACCAAAGUGUUGGGUGGUAGAGUGUGCAUGUGUUUGAGACCCCGCGCCAGGUGGUUUGAGAGGAUGAGCGGGUCGUAGUUUACUUCUGAUCUAGUUCCCUGCUGAUUGAACCUGUGCGCUUGCAGAACUUAAUCUUGCACGGCCACCUGUGCAAUCACGGGAAUAAUGGGGGCGCGGGGCAGCGAGGUUGGGUGAGUCAGGGCGAAGCUGCGUGCGCUUCCACGCGGCAGCGCCAGUGACUUCCAUGCCUGUGGCCUGCACUGCUGCGAUCUCUAGCUGUCUGGCAAAGGACGCGCGGGGCUGAGUGCGUGCGUGAGUGGCGGCGCCCUGUCGCCCACUUCCGAUCAUCAACUGGCUCUGCGUGGCCGUAGCGUGAGGUUUUAAGCCUGUGACAGGCUUAUUACAGUCUUUGAUAAUGGGAAGUGCAUAAACGCAUGCGACUUGGACGGACGCAACGACCAGACGUCAUGCAUGAGUGUUUUGGUGUGCGAUUGUGCCGGGAGACCCCUCGGUCGCCCUGGGAGCCUCUGUCUGCCGAGGGCUGCCCGCUAAGGCUAGAGUCGAAUGGUUGACAAGGACGUUGAAGGCGUACGUUGACAAGGACGUUGCAGGCUUACGUAAGAAUUCUGUCGAAGGCUACCCACCUAAACUGGAGUUGAAUGGUUAACGGGGGAAGUUGAGUGCUGACUAGGAUGGUUUACGCAAUAGGCGAAGUAGCUGGCGGUAGUGUUGCACGAGAGACGCUGCUGAGCUGGACGUGCAUGGGAGUGACAUGGAGUCGUACAGA